AUGUUUGUCUUAGCCAUAUCUUCUUCUCCUUCAACCACACUCAUCAGACCAUUUAAACGGAAUGGGCUAAACCGGCCACCGGUUCGAAAAAUCAUCUGUCAGAGUCAGAGGCAGAGCAAAACCGGUACCGGAAAAUCUUGGAUCGUCCCAACAAGUCUCACGCUUUUUGGUUCAGGCUUCGUCUUGGGUCCUCUCCUCGAUGGUCUCCACUCAAGUGUCGAUCUUGUGGUCUACAAAAACGGAGCUUUGCAAAUUGGUCCUCUUCACACCAACAUCUGGGUCCCGUUCUUGCUUGGCUUAUUUUACUGCACAGUAGGUUUACUGCAACUCCUAUUGGAUGAAAAUACCUCUGCAAAGCCUCCACGUGGCAGCCUGGACAAAACUAUAACUUCACUGCUAGCAUUGGUGUUGUUCUUGGAGCUAAGUGCUGAAAUGUACAAAGCUGGAGUUUCAGACAACAUAGAAGCUUACAUUCUCUUUGCCUUGGCUGAAUUUAUUUGGUUCUCUCUGGAUAGAACUUGGCUUGGCUUCACCAUUGCCACUCUUCUCGGCAUUGCCUGUCCUUUAGCCGAAAUCCCAAUCAUGCAAUUCUUUCAUCUGUGGUUCUAUCCACAAGCAAACAUAGAGAUCUUUGGCCAGGGAUUGGUCACUUGGACAACAACUUGCUACUUUGUCUACACACCCUUCUUGAUCAACCUUGCAAGAUGGCUAAAGACUACUAAUGAUGUGGACAUUACAGAAUGA